UUGCGAGAUCCAUAGUACUAGUACUACUAGUCGUCGUCGUCGGUCGUCUUCGUCUCCCUCUCUUCCAGUUCCACCCAAAUCGCCAUGGCUCGCUCCUCCUCCCAGUCCCAGUCCUCCGUCGGCGCCUCCGCCGGGGCCGCCCGCCCGGCCACCGUUGGCCCCCGCGGCACGGCCGCUGCGGCCGCCGGCAUGCGCCGCCGCCGCGCCUCCACCGCCGGCGGCUCCGGGGGCUUCUCCGGUGGCGGCGGGAGCAACAUGCUGCGAUUCUACACCGACGAGGCGCCCGGCCUCCGCCUCUCGCCCACCAUGGUGCUCGUCAUGUCCCUCUGCUUCAUAGGCUUCGUCACCGCCCUCCACGUCUUCGGCAAGCUCUACCGCUCCCGCACCGCCGCCUCCGCCUCCGCCUGAUCCAUCCCCCUUUCUCUUGUUCCCCUACUUUCUCUCUCAUCAGAUCAGAUCGGAUCGGAUCCGACAUGUUUUUUUUGUGUAUGAAGAUAGACAAACCUAAGCUCUCGUUGCCUUAAUGGAGUAGUAGCUUUUAUUGAGGGAUGAAUUUGCUUGCUAGAUCUGCCAACCAAUUAUACCCUAGUUCAAGUUUACUCUUGUUUCUUCUUACUACCUUGUUUCAAACGAACAAUUGUGGCUAAUUAAUCACUCCUACUUGGGCUUGCAAAAUGUGCCUCUUGGGGAUUUUGAUUGCUACAGUGUUACUACAUCUUUUGUUCUUCA